AUGCGGCGACGCAACAAGCCCCGAGGCCUAAAGGCCCUGGCUGCUUUGCUUAGUGCAGCAGCCAUCAUACUUUUAGCGGUGCGCCAGCGCUCGACGACGCCGCCGCCGAGGGCGCUCGUCAAGUCCGAGAGCAAAGCCUCGGAAGCGCUGCGGGCGGUACGGGCCGCGGACGCGCGCACGCGCGACGCCGAGGCGCGCGCCGCGUACGCCGACCACGUGGCCCAGGAGGCCAAGGGCGACGCCGAACGGCGCGAAGAGCUGAACCAGGCGCUGCGAGCGCGAGCGCAGGCCGCCGAAGCCGCCGCGAGCGCGGCGGAAGCUCGGGAGCAGGCGAGCAAUGCGCGCGCCGCGGCGGCCGAGCGCCGGGCGGCGCAAGCGGAGGCGGCGCUCAAAGCUCGGGAGCAGGCGAGCAAUGCGCGCGCCGCGGCGGCCGAGCGCCGGGCGGCGCAAGCGGAGGCGGCGCUCGGAGCCGCGAAGCCGGUCGCCGCGGCGGGCGCGGCGGAAGCUCGGGAGCAGGCGAGCAAUGCGCGCGCCGCGGCGGCCGAGCGCCGGGCGGCGCAGAUCCGUUUCACCUGCGACAUCCAAAAGGAGGUCGCGAAAUACCGCAACCUCCAGAAUUUAAAGUUACUUUUCGACGGAAGAAGAGUAGGCAACUCGACGCUCGGCCCGCUCAUGCGCAAGACAGGCUCGUCGACGAUGGAUCGCUUCGCCGGGCCAAGUGCAAACCGCGUCCGCCGCGCGGCGGAUUACCUCCACACAAAUAUCGUGGCGUCCGUGCGCGACCCCAUCGAGCGCUUCGCGAGCGGCUAUCGCCAGGUCGAGACGUUCUACGAGCUGGGCUGGAUCCCGAAGCACUUUUUUAAGGGGGAAUGCGUACUGCGAUGGACGCGCGACGACUGCGCGGGGAACCCAAGGAUGAAAUCUGGAUAUGUCCUCGCGAAGCGCAAAGUGCCCGCCGCGGCGGCCGCGCGGCGCCGGACGCGACAGAUCCGGCGGCUCCACGUCGUGGAGGCGCGGCGAUCUCGGAGCGGCGCGCCCGCCCGGCACCGCUCAAUUGAUUGCUCAGCUGGACUCAGCUGGACUGGUGCGGAGAGCGUGUGA